CCGACUCGUCUCUCUCUCUCUCAUCCCUCCCCUCCUCCCUCCCUAUCCACCUAACCUCUCCGAAGAGGGAAGGAAAUAGAGUGCAGUGCGGUGGCAGUCGACUCAGUUCUCACCCCUGCUCCGGGAUUCGCCAGCACUCGACUUCUGGUUCCAUUGUGCUUUUUUUGCACCACGACAAGCCAACAUGGUCACCCGCUGCUUUCUGCAUGGCGUGUUUCUGUUGUGGGUGCUGUCCAGUACUCACUGUACCGACGCACGUGCACUAACCCAUCAAGGAGAUGCUGGACAGAAAGUGUUUAUGGAUGAACGUGAAGCGGCCACCUUCUUAAACCGCAAGCUGCUCUACAAUAGCUGGGAUUUUGAGCUCUUAACUCCAGGAAAUGUUGAACGUGAAUGCUAUGAAGAAGUGUGCAAUUACGAGGAGGCACGUGAAAUCUACGAGGAUGAUAAGGCGACGCUUCAGUUCUGGGAAGAGUACCAGCAGAACCAGAAGCCGGGAGGCCCCACUGCACACAAGUUUGACGUCGCCGGCUUGGUGGCAGGCCUUAUCGCUGCCCUCGUCCUCCUCAUCCUGAUUGGACUCCUGGUGGCCUACUUCUGCAAGCAGAGUGGGAAGCGGAGUGAGAGACCUCCAGGGUACCGCGGGCAAGUCACAAACGUGGCCAGCCAACCAGCCCCGAGACCGAGCGAGGAGCUGCCCCUGAACACCCUGGAGGCCAGUGCUCCUGGUCUUCCUUCCUACGAGGAGGCUCUGAGGAGAUCGGGCCAUUACGAUGCCCCACCCCCUCCGUAUGCUGGGGGGUCCAUGCGGGAGCAACAACCCAGCUGAAACUUGGAAUUCCACUGGAACUUUUCCUGAAUGUUUUUUUUUACAUCCGCUGGAAAAGUCCUGUAACGUGGAGAGGAAAAGGUACCAGAGAGUAUUUGAAGAAUCACGAGACAAGAUUGGGGGAGGGGGGAGGUUGAGGGAAGGGGUGGGAGUUCCUGAAAAUGUCUUUGGGAUUCCUGGGGUGUGUCCUUUCUCUCGGAGAAUCAUCGGGAUCCAGCAAACCCUUGCGGAUUUUCCCCAGUGCAAGCACUUCCAACCUUUGGGUUCUGUGAAUAAUUAUCACUCAAAGCUGAACAUUACUGUCCUCUGAUUCGAUCUUCGAUUGAAUGAUUUUCCCCACUCUUCAUGUCGUCGGGGGAAGCACCUGUUAAGGAACAUUCGGGUCACGUUUGAGAGCACUCUGCCUGAUUUGGGUCGUCUGAUGUCUUCCAUCGUGGCAAGAGACAACUUAAUAGACUCUGGUUCCACCGAGAAACUUUGGAGAGGGGUGGAGGUGGAACAAUGGGUGGAGAGGGUAUCCUGUGAAACUUUUGUAAUGACAGCACCAGUUCGGCAGCAGAUAGGUGAGAUAAAUGAAUAGAUCGAUGGAGAAGUCCUGCACAGAGCUUCCAUUGAGCAGGUAUUCAGGUGAGAGGGUUGUGUGGGUGGGGGCGUGCCAGUGAUGGGAGAGGCUGUGUGCAUUUCGCUGCUAUUGAGGUGGUGAUCCUCCAAACCUCACCGGACGGACCCAACAGUCCACCUCGCCAAUACAGGCAAUCCCUGGAUUAUGGCAGGGCUCAGUCCCUGAGAACAGUUUGUACUUCAAAAAUUAUUCCCAUGUCAGACGUCGCAAUUGGGCAGAUGGGAGAAGGUGUCAGAGAUGGUUGUGAUGGGUGUCAAAUAAGGGGUGCUGGCUUGGCUUUGCUGGGAGGGAGGUCCACUCGGUGCUCCCAGUUCAGGCUCAUGUCCCACAUCAGUCAAUUGUAACCCUGGGACGGCCUGUAACCUUAUUGUUCUUAACCCCUAUCUAAUGUGUGCGUAUUUCUGGGAGCUGAUCUUCUUUUCUCUGCCUUUUCUGCUCACAAUCUCCUCCCUGGGGCAGAAGCCACACCCUUGGAAUAGGUGGGAGGGGGGAGGGUUUAACCCCACUAGAGAUCCAGGGUGAGGUGUUAAUUAGGGGCUGGAUUUUUCUUGUAGAUUUAUACCUGUGUCAAUACCUGUUUGAGAAAGAGUUGAAUAGGGUGCAAGUCCAACCCAAACCUGUGUCUACCACAGGGCUUCUGUUAAGUCCACGCUUUAACGGGAUCAUUCCCUGCAGACAGAAUUCAAAUUGCCAGAAUUUCUCUGAUGCUGGAUUUUAAUUCUCAGCCGAGAACCUGUGUUUCAGACACAGUAUCAGGAUAUCCCUGCUUUCCUGUGACCAUCCAGUCUAUCAGCCAGUGGAAGGAGGAACCUCCUUUACAGAUUGUACCAGAAACCACAGCAGCGUGCAACCUCAAGGGUUUCCAUGGCAUCCGGGCCUUGGCCUGUGACCACACUCAUCCCUUCCCAAUCGAUUCCCACUGAUCCUGGGUGCUCGCGUUGAAAUGAGGCGGGCGUUGGGUGCUUUUUUCCCCCUAAAAAUAGGCUGCAGUUGGAUGCAGGAGAAGGGGGAGAGUUGUAUGGAUAAUUGGAUAAUCAUCCAAGUAGGAGGGAAAAAUACACUGGGAUUUGGUAUUGAGGAGGAGGAUGAAUUAUGAGUGGGAAGAGGGGACAUUGUGGGUUGGUAAUCUCUCUGAUUGUUGAGUAAAGGGGGCAUUGGGUGUGGUCUGAUUUAACAGGACAGUGUCUUGGGAGUGUGGACUCUGUAACUCUGGAAGAGGAUUACUUCCUCACAGGAUACGAUCAUACUCCGGUAGACGUCAUUCAGUCAAAUGCUGACAGGAAGCAGACACUUUGGCCCAACUUGCCGGUCUAAUACAAGUUUGUUUAUCACGUGUA